AUGUAAAAUAACUAAAUUCAAAGAAGAGGUAAACCCAGCUAAUUGUAAGUAAUUCAACAAAACAAUGACUCAUGGCUCUUUAACAACAAAUGCAAAUAAUUUUUUGCCUUACUCUAAGAAGGAUAACAUAUUUUCCCAUAUUGUUCACGAAAAAAGGAGUCAUUGACUUCAUCUGAAAAUGAAAAGAAGAAUUGUAUGAUGGAAUUAUCAACUCUUCUUGGAAUACCUACAAAUAUAGAUAAAUCUAUUUUAUUAUAUUUUAAACCAGUACAAUAAUUAGGAUAACCAUACAAUCAAGAAUUAAUAGCUAAUCUUUAAGCUAUAUUGAUAUAAUUAAAUGCUGAAGAAUUACUUAAACUUAGCUACACACUUGAUAAUUAGUUCAUUUAGGAAUUGACAACUAUAUUGCAUAAUAUAGAUCAAAUAGGCAUUUUAGUAUAACAAAUACUUAAUAAUUUCCAUAACAACUAAGAUCCUGCUUCUUAUUAUUAGAUAGUUAAGAAUUCUUAUUUACACCAUGUUAAAUCUAAUGAGGAUUAUAUGUCAUUUCAAAAUUUUGUUAAUUCUGAUGAGGCGGUUUCAGCAGUAUUUAAUUUUAUUGACAGGAUUCAUCACAUCUUAGAACAAAAUUGA